AUCCACAACCCAACCCCGAAAAAAAAAACAAACAACCUAUCACUUGUUAAUACAAACAACGACAUGUCAAGUAGAGAAAAAAAAAAAAUUUCAAAUAAGGAUUUAGUUUUUUUUUUCUUUUUUCUUUUACUUACUUCGGUCUGUCUCUUCCCCUGUAAUGGCGCUUCCACACAUAGUCUCUUCACCCUCUUCAACUUCACUAUCUCCAUCACCUUCCUUCAAAUCCAAGCCACCGUAUCACUCCUCUUCCUUCAACCCUAGAUUUAUAUCUCCGUUACGGCGUUGUAAGCUCAGUUCCUCCUUCAGAUGUUCAUCUUCUUCUUUCUCCGAGAAGCAUCACAACGCGAAAUCUCCGAAAUCCGAUGACAUCGUCGAGCUACCUCUCUUCCCACUCCCACUCGUUCUCUUCCCCGGAGCUAUCCUCCCUCUCCAGAUCUUCGAGUUCCGUUACCGUAUCCUGAUGCACACUCUCCUCCAAUCCGAUCUCAAGUUCGGCAUCGUUUACUCCGACUCCGUCUCCGGAUCCGCCGCUGAAGUAGGCUGUGUAGGCGAAGUCGUGAAACACGAGCGCUUAGUUGAUGAUCGGUUCUUUUUAAUCUGCAAAGGUCAAGAACGCUUCCGUGUCACUAAUGUCGUCCGUACGAAGCCUUACCUUGUCGGAGAAGUGACGUGGCUUGAAGAUCGUCCUUCAGGUGAAGAGAAUCUUGAUUCGUUAGCGAACGAGGUCGAAGUUUUGAUGAAAGAAGUGAUUCGGUUGUCGAAUAGAUUGAACGGGAAGGCUGAGAAGGAAGUGCAAGAUCUGAGGAGAAAUCAGUUUCCGACGCCGUUCUCGUUCUUUGUCGGAAGUACGUUUGAAGGAGCUCCUAGAGAGCAGCAAGCGUUGCUUGAGCUUGAAGAUACCGCAGCUAGGUUAAAGAGAGAAAGAGAGACGUUGAGGAAUACACUUAAUUACUUGACUGCAGCUUCUGCUGUUAAAGAUGUGUUUCCUUCGUCGUCUUAAUUAGUGUGUCUUCUUUUACCAACUCUGGUACAUAAAAAAAUAUCUGAAUCUCUCUCUUUCUCUCUGUUUCUGCGUUUGCUAUAUUGAGGUUUGCCAGUAAUUGGAUAUACGAAUUUUAUAAAAAAACUGCAAAGUUCGGAAAGUGUAAUAAUUAAUUUGUUGUAAAUUAUGGUGAUUUUGGUGGGUAUUAGAUGAUGUUUUGGGA